UACAUCAUGUCUGCAUAUGGUGACACCAGAACGAGAAACAGAUGUAUAGAGGGAUUGUCGAAAGUCUUUACAGUACAGCUUCAUUGUUCUGUCGAUGAGCGGAUACAUGUCGAGUACGAGGCGUAUGGGGAUGGAGAUGCAGUGACAUGUCGUCUGGCAUCUGCUGAGUCGUGUAGUAAGAAACUCGCCAGCAGCCGGCAUGGCCUGGUUGUCAACUGUAAUGGGAAACAGUCAUGUCGUGAAACCAUGCAGGUACAGACCAUCAACAACUGUAAUAUUACCGCUGCUGCUGCAGAAGUAAACUACAACUGUAUUAAAGGUAGUAUGAACAUGUGUAGUCCAGUCACAACAACAGUAAACAGGUCGGUGUACCUCCAUUCUCCCGGCUUCCCUGACAGUGUCGGUGUGAACAGAAGCUGUGUUGCUAGGGUCACAGGGCAGAAUAUAGAAGCAGCAUUGGUGGAACAGCGGAUGAGGUCGGGGACGCUUGACAUCUCACGUGACGGGAGACAACUCUGGACAAACGUGAACGUGAACCAAUACAACAAAGUAUUACCGGAUCUAGCUGCCGAAAUAGUUAUAGUCUACGAUAACCAUGAUCAGGAUGGAUCAAAUGUAUGGAUACGUGUUGCAGAUUCAGGUCAAAUGAACGUAAAGAUCAGCGGAGAAAUACUGGAUUCAUCAUCCACAUCUACAUCAACACAGCAGCCGCCACGUUCACAGAGUACAUCCAGUCCAAGUACUUCGGAUACACCAAGAACUGAAACAGCGGCACAUUCUACAUCUAUUGGCAACAUCUGGGAUAUUGUGAUAGCCUUAUCUGUGGUGUGUGGUAUUCUGGUUCUCAUCAAUGUAGUCCUCGUCAUAUACUUCAUGCUGGUGAAGCCAUUCAGGAAGAAAAAUAACACUUCACCGAAAACAGGAACGCCCGUUGGGCAUGGUGAAACAAAUGUCUACUAUGGAAUACAACGCAAUACAAGCGACUCUGGUGACGAACACAACUACGUCCACAUAACCAGCAGUGAAGGGCCUUUCUAUGCUAACUUUGUCAGUGGAGAUGAUCCAUAUGUUAACACCUAGAACUUAGUGCUACUCAGUCGUAGAUAUAGUAACAUAAAUCAUUAUGUUCCUGUAUAGUCACGUUGAAAUCAAUCAACGUUCUUUAUGAAAGGCGUUAGCGAAUAUGUGCUUAUAAAGUCUAUAUUCUAAACGUUUCUUUGUGCACUAUUGCUGUAAACGGUGAAAAUAUGUUUCAUAUUACACAUUAUGCUUGACAGUAUUCAGAUCCUAAUUAGUCGUUACCUUCCUUUAUUAAAGUCUCAUUUAUCACCUGAUCAGUCACA